UUUUGACUUCCGGUUUUGAAAAUUUUGCAAAUUUAAAAAAUAUUGAAAUGCCUCUAAAAUUGCCAAGGGAAAGGCUACUGUCUGCCGUUAAUGUGAUUCUUAGGGUUCCAGCGUUGUUUAUUGCUGAGAUUUGGUACCGAACCGACUUGAAGACAGCAGUCAAACUUGGAAGCAAAAAAGGAGAAAGUGUUUUGGACAUGGAAAAAACAAAUGGCAAGAUUAUAAUAUUGUCUGUAUAUUAUUUUGCAAUCCUGUUUGCCGCAUUAUUGAUGAUUCUACCAUUGAAGCGACUUGUGAAUCUCUACAUGUACAUUGUAAGCUCUCUCCUCAUCUGCGGUGGUUCAUUCUUAUCCAUGCACUAUGUGGCCAUAGAGAAGGAAAACCAGAAUAAAGACGUUUCUGUAUUUGAAGACAAAGAAAAUAUUGAAAUGAUUGGCUUCAACUUGAUAGUCCAAGGAGCAAUAUGCGCCACCGUGACGUAUCUCCUGGAGCUAAAACAUUGGUCAAGAUUUACCCUGUUGGCCUAUACGUUACCCGUGAUGGCAAGGAUCGCUAGUAUACCAGCUGAGGAUCUUCAUCGCGUACACAACUUCUCCACAUUUGUGAUCUGUGUAGCAUUGUUCUUUUUUGUGUUGAACAACUUAGGCAGAGCGAUUGAUAUAAUGAGAUUAACGCUGUAUUAUGCUUAUCUUCAAACACAAGUAUUUGGAUGGAUCUCAUUUACUCUGCUAACGUGCGCGAAGGUGCUGUUGCCGGCACAGUUCCUAACAUUCUGGCUCGUGAUGAUUCUCGUGCAGUUAUACCUGUUCGUUAUUACCAAUCAAAAUUCUAUGGCUGAUGAAGGUUGGUUGAUUAUUCUGCUAGCAAGUACCGGAGAAUGUUGCGCUACACCUAUAAGUCUCAUAGGCACAUGUUUCGCAGUGUCUUACACAGCAUUCAUUGUUCUUGCCCUCACUAAACUGUUCCUACAGGGCUACAAUGCCUUCAUGAUGGACAAUGUCAUGCAUCAAGGAUGGACAGAGGGCUUCACGAUGUUCCUACUUGCCAUACAGACUGAUCUAAUAACAUUGAAGUCUGCACAGAGAGCUUUCUUAAUGAGUAUCAUAUUAUUCAUUGUUCUAUCAUCAUUAAUCCAAUCCAUGUAUGAAGUCGCUGAUCCUAUUUUGUUAUCACUAAGCGCUUCUCAUAAUAAAAGUAUUAUCAAGCACGGUAAGGUUGUUUUACUGUGUACAUUCCUGUGGAUGUUUCCAUUGUAUAUGUCAAUUUCUAUUUGUAAAUAUUUUGAUAUCGAUUUUUGGCUGCUUGUUAUUUUAUCUAGUUGCGUGUUAACCAGUGUCCAGGUGCUUGGGUCUCUAUUAGUCUAUGGUCUCUUCAUGUACGACAGUCUCAGGCAUGAACCCUGGGAACGUCUAGAUGAUUUGGUUUUCUAUGCUAAAGCCACCACACGCAUGUUUGAAUUCCUCGUUGCAGUUAUUGUAGUUUUUUACGGAGUACGGGAAACUUUAUUUGGUAGUUGGAGCUGGGUGAAUGUGUCAAUUCUAAUCAUACAUUUUUACUUUAAUGUCUGGUCACGCAUGCAGCAAGGGUGGAGAAGUUAUCUCCUUCGUCGAAAAGCUGCUGCAAAAAUCGCAUCUCUUCCCGAUGCCAGUGAAGUGCAACUUAAAACUCAUAAUGAUGUUUGUGCAAUAUGCUUUCAAGAUAUGAGAAUUGCGAAACUGACAAAAUGCCAUCAUUUUUUUCAUGGCCUUUGUUUAAAAAAGUGGUUAUAUGUGCAAGAGAAUUGCCCGAUGUGUCAUCAGAAAAUUGAUUUUGGUGGUGAAAGUGAGGAUACUAAUAAUGCAAACGGUGCUGGUGAUGCAGUAAAUAUUGUACAAGAGAAUGUUGAAAAUGAAGAUAAUCUGCAAGCUAAUGUAGAAAAUGAAAAUAUUGUACAACUACAAGAGGAUGUAGAAAAUGAAAAUGGAGCGCAAACUAAUGUAGAAAAUGAAAAUACUGUUCAAGAGAAUGUGGAAAACUGAAAUAAACAUAGCAAAAAAUGUAACAUGUAUUUUUAAAUGUAAUAUAGAAGGGAUAGUGAGUCUAAAAUGUUGGAAGCAAUCUUCAAAAACCAUGGCAAUGUUUUUCAUAUAAUUUUCAUUUCAUUUCCUGGGAAAUGAAUUUAAG